AUUAGAAAUUCUUGGCGUAAAAAUUAACUCGUGAAAUUUGAUUUACGUAUUAGUACUACCACUUCACGAUCGGUCACCAGAGAACUAAAGAUUGGUCGGCGGCGCCACCGCUCAAUGCAUCCUAAAUCACCCAUCGCCACCUCGUUGCCGCUCUACACGCCAAUUUAAUCCGAUAAUCGCAACCUCCAUCCACCGACAUUCCGACUUCCUCACAAUCCUCCCGCGAAGCACAUCCGUGAACGCGUCUAACACCAUAAACACCCCUCAAACUCAAUCCCUAACUUACCCGGCCGUCAUCUCCUGUUCCUCAGACCCAAUCCCUUACUUCACACGAAACCCUAGCCCCCAAAAUUCGGAUAUAUGGAGUCUGAUAUUGGUAGAGUCGACGGCAACAGUUUUGAGGAAUCGGAAAAUCGUUUUGAUCUCGAGAACUCCGGUAUUCAACACCGUGGGCCCGAAAAAAUCGCUGACGUAGAAGCUGUUCGCGUUAUUGAGGGUGGAGAUGGAGGCAAAAAUGCUGUUGUUUUAUCUUGUGUUGGAGGAGAAAGGCCGCAGGUGGCAGAUGGGGGCUCUGUGGAGCUCGUCAUGGGGAACGAGAGCGCGACAGGUGGAGUGGCGGGAACUAGGAGUGUUAAGAAGAAGAUAGUGAAAAAGACUGUGAUAGUUAAAAGGGUGAUAAUGAAGAGGGUGCCGAAGAGGGUCUUGAUCAAUCGCACGGAAGAUGGUAUCAAUUUGAGUGAGGUAAGAAUCAAUGAUACUGAUCCUGCUAGUGAUGUGAUUGAAAAUUCUAACGUUGUUGAUGAGGUCAUCGAGAAAGCUGGUAGAUUUAAUGAGGCUAAAAGUUUGAACCCUGUGAAUUAUGAAGAUACAGUGAACACUGCCGAUGGCUUGACACAAAGUUUGAAACCUGUGAAUUAUGUAGAUACGGUAAAAGAAAAACCUAGCAUUGUUUGUGACGUUUUGAAAGAAGAGGACAUCAUAGCUGAGGUACCACAGAAUCUGGAAAUGGUAAAUGCUCUAAACGUUUCUGGACCAGUUGUUGGUGAGGAAGUUGAUGAUCUAAGUCUUGAAAUGGAGUUAGAGAUGUCAAAAACUGGUACUAAUGCAAAUGUCUCGGAACAAAUGAUGCCAAGAAAUCAUCAAAGUUGUUUAUUUAUUAAAGAUGCAGAUGAUAUAAAAGGUAAUGAUGUUGUAUGUGAAGUAGAGAGAAACAAUUUAACAAUGUGCUCUCGGGAUUUAGAAGUCUACAAGGGCAAAUUUGGCCUUGAAAACAUUACAGAGAGAGGGAGUACUAUGGCAGAGAAUCAAUCAAGAGACUGUAUCAUGGAGAAUCAGAGGAUUGAUAUUGUCAAAACAGCGGAUAUGGAGCUUCUUACAGGUAAAAAUGUAAGUCCAAUAGGAGACAUAUGUGGAAUUUUGGGUGGGAAGGACAACGGAAGACCGAUUGUUGAAGCUGAAAGUUGCAGUGGUGAAGUGGAGAGUGAUGGGGAAAUGGAAGCAUUGGAGCGGAAGGAGAAGCGGAAAACAGAGAUUUUUCUUGGUGGUCUGAGCAAGGGUACGAAGGAGGAAAACAUUAGGGAAGUGUUUGAAGAUGUUGGGUCUGUUGUGGAAGUAAGGAUAGUGGUCAACCCUACUUCAGGGAAGAAUAGAGGCUUUGCCUUUGUGCGGUUUGCUACAGCUGCUGAUGCUAAAAAUGCGUUGGCAAAAUACUCUGAAGUUGAGAUAUGUGGGAAGCACUGCAAUGCAGCUCCAGUUCUGGGCAAUGAUACAAUAUUUCUUGGUAAUAUUGACAGAAAUUGGAAGACUGGAGAUUUGGUUGAGUUGUUAGAGAAAGCUGGCAUUGAGAAAAUAGAUAAAGUUACUAUCAAGGCUGAUCCAAAUAACACAGAGAGAAAUCGUGGUUUUGCCUUUGUUGAGCUUCAAACAAGUAAAGAUGCUCAAACUGCUUUUAAGAAACUGCAAGAGAAAGAUGCAUUUGGAAAAAAACAGAUGGUAAAAGUUGCAUGGGCACAACCCUUAAGUGAUCCAGCUGAAGAAGAAAUUUCACAGGUGAAAUCUGUUUAUGCUGAAUAUCUACCCUCCUCAUGGGAUGAAAAGAAAGUGAAAGAAUUCUUCAAAAGAUUUGGUGAAAUUGAAAGUGUUGCCCUUGCAAAAGAUCUUCUUUCGUUCCGAAGAAACGAUAUUGCUUUUAUUAACUAUACAACCUGUGAUGCCGCUCUGACAUGCAUUGAGGCUGUCAAUAGAGAGAGAUUGGGAGACGACUGCUCCAAGGUUAAGAUGGCUGUUUCCCUUGCAAAAACAAUUCCAAAGAGGAAGCAAAUGAGACACACCUCCAAUCCGACUAGUCGGCAAAACCUUGAAGCAAAAGAGAACGCAUCGCAAAUAUCCAAAAAGCUGCGUACGCCUAGAAACAAGGGCACGGCUACCAGCAGUAGUUAUGAUCAUGUAAAGGUUGUUAGCAGGACUUCUACUACUUCUACUACUGAAGAGCUUGUACAAUUAUUAAGACAGCAAGCCUCAACUAAGAAUAAUCCUCCACCUCCAGGUUCAGGUGCAGUUAUGCCAGACCAUCGUUUCUUCUUACCUGGGAGCAAGCGACCAUUUUCGCAAGUGGGCCACAACCCUCUCUCUGUGGAGUACCAAGGGUUGUCACGAGUGCGUGCAGAAAGCUUGUAUCGAAUUUCUGGCCCAAGCUCCUUAUCUCAUGGCGUUGAUCUGUUACCUUCCUCUUAUCAUCAUCAACCGGGGCCAGAAUCAAUCAAUGGGAGGAGAAGUUAUCCUAAUCGUCUUCAGCGAUCAGGCCCCCCGCCAUCGUGCUGCCUUUGCGUCACUGUUGCGCUGCUGUUGUGCCGCCCUGCUGCCGUCACGUCGUCUGCCAUCCAGGCUAGGGAUCGAGCUUCUUACUUUGAAGAUACUAAUCCAUACCACAGAUGUGAGUCCAUCUUUUGGUUUAGCCACUUACAAUAUUUUCUCUGUUUUCCUUUUGAUUAUAAUGAAAAUUAGCUCAUGACAUUUCUUCCCUUUUAUAAUGUGGCCUAUUAUUUCAUUCAUAUAUAAUAUCUGAAUCUAAUAGAGUAAUCUUGAUUUUCGAGCUUUGCAUAUCGGGAAUAUGUGAUAAACUCAACUCUCUUUUGUAUACAACCUUGAUUUGACAGAUUCUCACCAAAUCUAUGGUCAAUAGCGCUGUAGCCUGAAUUUUCUUACCUGGUUUGAUCUGUUUUGUGAUUUGAGAUUUGCUGCUAUUCUUGCUAAUUAAAGUAAUUUUUGUUUGUCAGAUUGAGAAUUCAUUACUGGAGCUGACCUUGAUCUGGGAACGCAGAAUGAGGAGAUGAUGUAAAUUUAAAUGUAAAAUCCUGCUAUAAUUGACGGUUGAGUCUAUGAGUUUUUAAAGAUUUGUUUUUGUUGUGUGAGUGAGACUCGUUAACAUAAAUGAGUCAAAUUGAGCUUAGCAUUACUGGAUUCUAGUUCAUUUGGUGGGACUCCUUAAUAUAAAGUAGUGGAGUUGAACUUGACUUUAUGUAAAAUGACACAAGUGACAUUACUAGAUAGGAUUUUUCACUAUCAAAAUAUUGAAGUCGGAAGCCCCGAAUUCAGUUUGGUAGUGAAUGAGUGCCUCAUAUUGUUAAUUGGAUAAAUUGUCAUUAUAGUCGAA